AUGGUAGGAUACGAAGAUGAUGACUAUUAUGUUGGGUUCUCGAGGGACCAGGAGUCGUUCAUACGAUCUCGGAAUGGGAAUAGCUUGAGUAUGAAGCGGACCUCGAUGCCUACUCGACAGGGCUCUCUGGUGAGACCAGAGAGGAAUAGAUUCGAUGAUCCCAACAACCCACAUCAUUACUAUGUCAAGACAGCAGAGCAGCAGAGAAGCCAUUUAAGUGUUCUACCGUCAUCCACAGGCGUAGCUCCUGGGAUCGCAAGAAACUCUGGGUCUCAGAGAUCUGAUAGAUCAAGGCUUGGUAGAUUAGGUAGGAGCUACUACAACGGCGAAGAAGAUGACUUUUACUAUCCAAUGCAAGAUCUCAGUAAAGAUAGGAGUGGGGACUCAAGAUACAAUCCGGAAGCAGAUUACCCAGAUCGGACGGCUUUAAAUAGUGACGAUGUGGCUAAUAAGAACGACAAUGAAGGUUAUGAAGAUGAAGAGAAUGAUUUUGACAAUAGUACCGAUGUAGAAAAUCAUCUUAUCAGUAAUAGGCCAACUUCUGAGCUAAAACCAAAAGCGGAAAGUACUAGAUCACUCUGGAUGAUUUACUGCUAUGUAGUAACAUUCUGGGCUGUCCCACCUCUCCUGUCUUUAUUUGGAAUGCCUGAGAAGGCCAGACAAAGGGCUUGGAGAGAGAAAAUGGGAUUACUCUCCAUAAUUGCUUAUAUUGGUGCCAUUGUUGCAUAUAUUACAUUUGGUUUCACCAAGACAGUAUGCGGGGAACAAAAAUUAAGACUCAAAAAUAACAGUGUUAGUAAAGAGUUUUCCAUUAUAAAUGGCCAGGCUUUUAAACUCGACUCAGGAACACACCCAGAAUUACUAGGACUUGAAGUAGACUCCACAGGAUUGUACGGGCCAUGGUCUGCUGCAGGAAAGGAUGCCUCCUUCUUGUUCCAAAAUGUUAACGGAAAUUGCCAUGGCCUAAUUACCCCAAAGGAGGAUUGCACGAUACCACAUAACGAUAAUGGAGACUUAGCAUGGUAUUUUCCUUGCAAAUUAUUCAAUCAAGAUGGGUCAUCUAAACCUAACUUCACAGUUGAAUACUCUCCCGGCUGGGAUUGUCAUACCUCUGAUGCUGAAAGAGAAGCUUUUUACUCCUUAAAAAGUGCAGCUGAGGUUUAUUUCACUUGGGAUGGGAUUAAAAACAGCUCCAGAAACCUAGCAGUUUUCAAUGGUCACGUUCUUGAUCUAGAUCUUCUUGAUUGGUUAGAAACAGACCAGUUAAAUGUUCCAUCGAUGUUUGAUGAUUUGAAGACCUCUUCGUUGCAAGGUUAUGAUUUGUCCUUAAUUUUGUCAACUGAUCAUGAAAAGAAAGUAGCCAGAUGUCUAACAGAGAUAAUAAGAGUGGGUGAAGUUGAUUCUAAGUCAGUUGGUUGUAUUGCAUCAGAUGUGGUACUAUAUGUGUCUUUGGUGUUCAUUCUCUCAGUAGUAGUAACAAAAUUUUUGAUUGCAUGUUACUUCCGUUGGUUUGUGGCUAGAAACCAGGGUGCUUACCCUGUUGAUAACAAAACGAUGGACCAACAUUUGAAGCAAGUUGAGGAUUGGUCUGAAAAUAUUUACUCUCAAGGUCCAAUUAAGACAGUUCAACCGGAGCAAAGACCUAAAAGGAAAACAAGAAGAAGAAGAUCAACAAUUGAUCUGAUCAGAAAGAAAAGUUCAAACUUCCUGAAUUUGACCGAAUCUGUGAUAGAUUUCGAUGGUGGUGACGGUGAUGGUACCGAUGGACCAGCUAUAUCUGGGAUGACUACUAUGACAUUGCAAAAUAACUGGAAUACUAACAACCUCAAUAAAGAAACACAAGCAAAAAAUUCUUCACCAUUUUUUAGUUAUGGGAAUAAUAGUAAAAUUAACCAGUUAGAUGCAUCUAUAAUACAUCCUGAUAUUGUUCAACAACCUCCAGUUGAUUUCAUGCCAUUUGGUUAUCCAUUAGCUCACACAAUUUGUUUUGUUACGUGUUAUUCGGAAGAUGAGAUCGGUCUGAGAACAACUUUAGAUUCUUUAUCAACAACCGAUUAUCCAAACUCUCACAAAUUAAUAAUGGUUGUUUGUGAUGGUUUAAUUAAAGGUUCUGGUAAUGAUUUAACUACACCAGAAAUAGCCUUGGGUAUGAUGGACGAUUUUAUUACACAACCUGACGAUGUUCUGCCAUAUUCAUAUGUUGCUGUUGCAUCAGGUACUAAGAGACAUAAUAUGGCUAAGAUUUAUGCAGGAUUCUACAAAUAUGAUGACUCUACUGUCCCAGUUGAGAAACAGCAAAGAGUUCCUAUGAUUACUAUUGUAAAGUGUGGUACUCCAGAGGAACAAGGGUCUGCAAAACCAGGUAACCGUGGUAAGCGUGACUCUCAAGUCAUACUUAUGUCAUUUUUACAAAAGAUUACUUUCGAUGAGAGAAUGACUGAGUUGGAAUAUCAACUAUUGAGAAACAUCUGGCAAAUUACCGGUUUGAUGGCUGAAUUUUAUGAAACAGUAUUAAUGGUUGAUGCUGAUACGAAGGUUUAUCCUGACUCAUUAACACAUAUGAUGGCAGAAAUGGUUAGAGACCCUCUUAUCAUGGGUUUGUGUGGUGAGACCAAGAUUGCCAACAAGGGACAGUCUUGGGUGACUGCAAUUCAAGUGUUUGAAUAUUAUAUUUCUCAUCAUCAAGCAAAGGCUUUUGAAUCUGUCUUUGGCUCUGUGACAUGUUUGCCCGGGUGUUUUUCCAUCUACAGAAUUAAAUCUCCUAAAGGAGCUGAUGGCUAUUGGGUACCCAUAUUGUCCAAUCCUGAUAUUGUAGAGAGGUAUUCUGAUAAUGUAACAGAUACAUUGCAUAAGAAGAAUCUGCUACUUUUGGGUGAGGACAGAUAUCUGUCAUCGUUGAUGUUAAAGACUUUCCCUAAAAGAAAACAAGUCUUUGUACCUAAGGCUGCAUGUAAAACUAUUGCGCCAGAUGAAUUCAAAGUGCUAUUGUCUCAACGUCGUAGAUGGAUUAAUUCAACUGUUCAUAAUUUGUUUGAAUUAGUUUUGAUCAAGGAUUUGUGUGGUACAUUUUGCUUCUCCAUGCAAUUUGUGAUCUUGAUUGAAUUGAUUGGUACUCUAGUUUUACCACUAGCUAUUUGUUUCACUAUUUAUGUUGUUAUCUUUGCCAUUGUUUCUCAUCCAACUCCAAUCAUUACUUUAAUUUUAUUGGCGAUUAUUUUAGGAUUGCCAGGUAUGAUUGUUGUUAUUACAGCAACUUCCUGGUCUUAUCUAGGUUGGAUGUUCUGUUAUUUGAUUGCACUUCCAAUCUGGAACUUUGUUUUACCAUCAUAUGCAUACUGGAAAUUUGAUGAUUUUUCAUGGGGUGAUACAAGAACAAUUGCGGGAGGUAAUAAGGGAGCUGGUGGGCAUGGUGAAGAAGACGGUGAAUUUGAUCAUAGUAAAGUUAAGAUGCGUACUUGGAGGGAGUUUGCUCGUGAGGAAUCUGAUAUUUGA